AUGUCCAAGUUUUCCAAGCACGGUGGCUCGGCUGAGGCCACCUCGGACGAUGUCAAAGGCCCCAAUGCUCUUCAGGAUGUCGACGAGGGCGCUCUAUUUCAGGUCCGCCAGGCCAAGCGCCAGAUUGGCGUCACCUCUGCGGUCUUCCUCAUCUUCAACCGCAUGAUCGGAACGGGUAUCUUUGCGACACCUAGCGCCAUCUUCUCAUUAUCCGGCAGUGUUGGUCUGUCCCUCUUCAUCUGGGUUGCCGGUAUGUUGAUUGCAGCGGCUGGUAUGGCUGUCUACCUUGAAUUUGGAACAGCGAUACCAAGAAAUGGUGGCGAGAAGAACUAUCUGGAGUACGUCUACCGCAAGCCUCGGUUUUUGGCAACCGGACUGUACAGUGGCUAUGUGGUCCUACUUGGCUGGGCGGGUUCCAAUUCGGUAGUCUUUGGAGAAUACAUUUUACAUGCCGCCAACGUCGAGGUCAAUAGGUGGAACCAGCGUGGUAUCGGACUUGCUUGCAUCACAACCGCAUUCCUUAUCCAUGGUCUGGCCUUGAAAUGGGGCCUAAGACUCCAGAAUCUGCUCGGUAUCAUCAAGCUGGGGAUCGUCCUUCUGAUCGUUGUCUCUGGAUGGGCCGCACUCGGUGGAGCUCUCAAAAUCGACAAGCCGCACAACUUCGACUAUGCCUUCAAGGGAACAACUGGAAGCGCGUACGGUGUCGUGACUGCGCUCUACAACGUAAUCUGGAGUUACAUCGGAUACAGCAACGCGAACUACGCGCUGAGUGAGACCAAGAACCCUGUCCGAACACUGAAGAUCGCGGCGCCGUUGGCCCUGGCAUCUGUCGCCAUCCUCUACAUGCUCGUCAACAUCGCAUACUUCGCUGCUGUCCCUGCCGAGGAAAUUAUUUCUUCGAAGCGACUUGUUGCAGCGUCUCUCUUCCGCAAUGUCCUCGGCCCCACGGCCGAGCGCGCUCUCUCGGUCUUCGUUGCUCUAUCCGCUUUUGGUAAUGUUUUGAGCGUAAUCUUUUCCCAGGGUCGUCUCGUUCAGGAACUUGGCCGCGAAGGUAUUCUUCCCUUCUCACGUCUUUGGGCUAGCAACAGACCGUUUAACGCCCCGCUUGCCGGCCUAUUCGAGCACUGGCUCGUUUCCGUCAUCAUCAUGCUAGCUCCGCCGCCAGGUGAUGCGUACAAUUUCAUCCUCAACGUCAUCUCUUACCCUCUCGCCAUCGUGAACGUCUUCGUCGCUGGCGCCCUGAUCCAUCUUUACCUUCACAAGGCAGCCUGGCAGUGGAACCCUCCGAUCAAAGCCACCCUCCCCGUUGCUGUGUUCUUCCUGCUAAGCAACAUCUACCUGACGGUCGCGCCUUUCGUGCCGCCCUCUGACGGUAACAGCGUGUAUGAGUCGCUACCGUACUACCUACACUGCGUUGUCGGUAUUGGUAUCAUUGCGGCUGGAGGCGCGUAUUGGGUCAUUUGGGCAGUAUUGAUGCCUAAUAUUGGACACUAUAGGCUUGAGAGGGAGGUUGUUGUGGACGAUAUUGAUGGGUGGGAAAGACAUGUAUUUAGGCAUGUGCUGAAUUAG